AGGAUUAUUGGAUUAUAUCUUUGUUUAUAGACAAUUAUUAUAGGUUAUAUAAACAAAUACGUAAAACUUCUUAGCAAAGCCUGAGAGUUAAUUAAAUAAGAUAAAAGAUAAUAAUUAAGUGAAAUUUCUGAGAGUGCACUGUGGUUAUUCAAUCAUGAGCGGAAAAUUUUUGUAUUUUGCCUAUGGCAGCAAUUUAUUACAAAAAAGAAUACAUAUUAAUAAUCCCAGUGCAGUGAGAGCUGGUAUAGGAAAGUUGAAGGAUUACACUUUGGAUUUUAAUACUUAUUCCAAAAGGUGGAGAGGAGCCUCAGCAACCAUUGUCAAAAAAAAAGGUGCCCAUGUAUGGGGUGCUUUAUGGACAUUGGACAAUGAACAUAUGAGCACUUUGGAUGAACAAGAAGGUGUUAAACACAACCUUUACACCCCUUUAACUGUUGAAGUCGAAUGUCCUAAUGGAGAGAUACGAAUCUGCAGAGUUUAUCAACAAACUAACAAUCCCUUGAGUACAGACAAAAUCGAGAAUCUUCCUGAGGAUCGUAAACCUUCUUUUGUGUAUCUUAAAACUAUACUAGAUGGUGCUGACGAGUCUGGUUUACCACAGCAAUAUAAGGAAUUCCUUCUUAAAAUUCCUCAUAAUGGUUAUAAGGGAGAAGUUGACAUAGCAUUGGAUUUGCAUAUAAAUUGAAUUGAACCUAGGUGUUUCUAAACAUACUUAGAUAUCAAAGUUGUUUUUGUAUGAAAGAUUUUCUCAAAUUACCCUUCUAUUAUGAAGUGAGCUUACUUAAACACCUAAAAAGCUGUAAUUCUAACCCGUUUGUUGUAUAAAAUCGUAGAGGGGUUGAUACUCAAUGAUAAAAUGGGUGCAUUUAUCUAGAACAUUAACUGGUACUAUCCACAAUCAUAGCUUUGGGUUUCAAUUAACUUGUUGUGAUCACUGAAAUUUAGGUAAUUCAACUUUCAAGCCAUAGUAUGCAUUCCAUUUGAACAAAAAGAUUUUUGUAUUUUCGGUAGACAGCCCAAAUUAAGUUUAAUACAGAAUAUCAACGAAAAUAUGUCCACAAUGAUUAUACCAUUUAAGUGGUGAAUAUAUUUUAUCAUCUA